AUGCCCACAAAUGAGGAAGGUUCAGUCGAUGCACCGGCCACUUAUAUGGAGGGCAAUUUUAUUUCAGCUUUGGAUUUUGCCACUGCCCAUCAAAGCACUCCUCAACAGGUCAGGACUUUUCCACAGCAUCACGCCUCUGAUCAAUUAUUGUCCUCUCAACAUUGUUCUGGCCAACCAAUUUUACAGGAUGUCCUGUCGAAACGAGAGACAGAUCUUGGAUCCUCGCACUGGCAGCAGUCACUUGAAGAAAGUGAUCAGCUGACACACCAACGGCCUCAACAGAUGGGGCCAUUUACUUCCAAUUCUUCACCUGCCUCUGCAUCUUCUUACGACGAACGGCAUGUUAGCGGUCAUUCGAGCCGCCAUGACAUCGGUGAAUCCAGCUUCUUGGCUACAACUGAAAAAGAAGAGGCUAAAUUGAACAUUCAGCCUUUCCAGAAUAAUGAGUACGAAGUAAAUCUAAAAAGGCUUGACAAGAAACUUAGUAUUUGUCAGCAAGGAGAUGACUUCUUUCAGCACUCCGCGGACGAGGUCGGUGCUGAUGGUUACGAACGAGAUUACGCUGGCGAUCAAGAGGUUGCCAUAGCGAGUGAAGAGCACAAGGAGGGGAAAGAACAAGGAAGCCGCGAAAAAGGGGGUGAGAGCUAUGGGACUGAAGAGGGAAAUACUUCUCUAUAUGCGGAUCCAUUAAAACACCGUCAUGGCGAACCUAUGACUCUAUCCGUCGUCAAAAAGACUCUUAUGAAUCCAUCCAGAGUAGCCAAUCAUCUGAUGGUCAUUCACAACUCGCACCAGCCAGGAAAAUGUGAGUAUUUAUCUUCUUUGACCCGGCUUUUAUUAGAUAAUUUAUUAAAUAAUUGA